AUGACGUCCACAUUGCCGGAAGCCAAUUACGGCAGGGAACUCUUUCGUGAAUUGGAGUUGAUCCAGUUUGAAAUGCGUUGUGGAAUGAUUACGCCUCCACAAAACGACGCUGAGAUGUGGGACUAUUUGAUUGCUUCGAAGAGCCAAGUCGAUAGGCUAUGCGAUGUAGCGCAAGAUAUCUACAACGAAUCGGUCGUAGAACUUAACAAAUUGCUGGCAAAGCAUGGCGCGGGCAUGGAUAGUAAGAGGGUCAAAGGUCCACGCGCUACGUCGUAUCUGCCCAGUCCAUUAUGCGAGCAGGUCUAUCCGAGGGGUAUGGUUGACAACAGGGAAGUCAUGACUGGGUCCUUUGAAUAG